AUGACUCUCGAGCUGCUACAAGACAUAAGAUCCCUAACCAAAGAUGAAGCAGCAACUUUAGACUCAUACAAGAAAACAUGGACCAAAUAUGACGAACAGAGGCAGAAGCUUUUCAGAGCGUGCUUUAAGACUUGGAUUGAGUGGGCCAAUGCUCAAUGGGAUCCUACGACUAGACUACGCGAUGUCCAACACAUCAUCGAUGCUCUCACUCAUCACGCCAAUGAUCCUAAAACAAGUCCGUUAUCGGGCAAAAGACUUGCGAUCACCCCAAGCUAUCACUGUGCCCUCGUCCCAGAAGAGUCCCGAGAAAGCGACAUAGUAGCUAUGCUCGUGAACCGCUACAAGCACGUAAUACUCCGACCGAAACAGGUGAAUGAUGUCGACCACCUCAAUGACUUAAUUACGAGAGACUUUGAGCAAGCGAACAUUUCGGAUUGUCCACAAGGACCAAUGAAGACACGAUGUAAAGCCGUGGAUGAUUAUCAUUAUGAUGAAUGGAUGUUGGUUUGGGAGAAAGCUACUCAAUUGUUUCCGGUUCAGCAUUGUUUACUUUUAGGGCAGUGCUACGUCGAUCAGUACGUUCCUUGGAAACGGGGUCUUCCGACAUCUGGGUUCAGGGUGUUUGCCCUCUAUUAG